AUAUAUAUAUUAUAUAUAUAUAUAUGUGUGAAACGCAAACAAGUGCCAAAUGUGAUGUGAAGUAGCAAAAGGAAAGAAAAAAAUUAAAGAGAAACACACAAAAAAUGAUUUAAUAACUAUUUUUAGCCACGAACCGCAAGUGAACGCAUCUUUUUUGUUCUCGUCGGGAAUUUAAAUUAAACAAACAAUUUAACCGGCUGGACACAAAUUGGAACCUUUUGAAGUUGAAGACCGUCAACGCUUGGAUGGACAGCUAAGGCUGUGUGUUAGCGCCUGGACACGUUGAGGGCAGCAACGUUUGGAGAAUACAAUGAAGGUUUCUGAUUUCAACAGGGCCGUUUGUCAAAGUCACGUCGUCCCGUGCAAAGGAUGAGGCGUUUAAAAGUUAAUAAUGCAUCAUUAGCAUCAGCAUCAAUCGCGGCCCACGCAGCCCAAUCAAAAUAUAGCACGGCCAUCCACCUGCGCGACAGUCAAAGCCAGAGGCGGAGGCGGAGCAGUCUGAGACUCUUUGGGCUGUUCGCCGUUGUCGCAGUUAUUCAAUUUCAUGUGUACUGUGUUCUUGGCUCAACUACAACAACAACAACAACAAGAACAACAACUGCAUCGAUAUCAACUAUUGUGAGCAAGCAGAACGACAGCAGCUCCGAGAAUAAUUUCUAUUUUGAUGAGAACAUUACGAGCAAGGCGCUUGCAUUCGUUGCUGCUGAUACCGCGGCGCCGCAGCUCGUUGACGUCUCUUCGAUGCCCGGCGAGACGCAGCCACCAGCAACAGCAGCAGCCACAGCCACAGCAACAGCAACAACAACAACAACAACUCGCACCACAACUCGAACAAGCAGAACUCGGACCACAGCUCGCCACCAAGCUGGACUCGUGGCAUUCAGCACGGCUCGACUGCGAACGGAGUCGGGUCUCGGCAACAGUAGCACGACCAAGAGUCAAGAUCUUUUAGCUGGCUCAGCGGCAACAACCAAGAGCGCACGCAGCGCCACAGUGAAGCAGCCCAUCGAUGCGGCACGUGCCAGAAACCAUUGGACAGCUGGUGGCGGCGCCACAGAUGCGGAACGCUCGCGCACAUUUCGCAGCAAAUACCAUCAUGAGAACCACUAUGGACCCUUCUUCGAGGAGCCGUCGAAUCUAGUCGAUCCCGGCAAGACGCUCGUGGCUGCCGUGCAUCUCUUCACAGAAGCUGUGCUCAAUUGUCGCGUCGGCAUGCUCAAGGACAAAACGGUCAUGUGGGUCAGGCGCACCACUGAGAAGGUGUCGCUGCUCACCGUUGGGAAUGUGACAUACAGCGGCGAUCCUCGUAUACGGGUCAAGUUCCAAUAUCCGAACAACUGGCGCCUGAUGAUCAAUCCAACACAGAGGGAAGACGCUGGCAUAUAUAUGUGCCAGGUUUCAACGCAUCCGCCGCGCGUAUUCACCACAAAUCUGACCAUUUUGGAGCCGCCGCUGCGGAUCAUUGACGAGCACGAACGAGAUGUGGGCGACAGAUAUUACAAGUCAGGCAGCACCGUCGAUCUCCAGUGCCAAAUCUCGCGCAAUUUCUAUCAAAAGGAGCGCCUGGCCAUACUCAAGUCAACGGAGUCGGGCAGCUCGUCUGGCAAGCCACUGAACGAUACGGCUAGCGAAAUAAAUCUAAUCGGCGAUGCGAACCAAACUCACAACACAUACUCCAGCCAGGAGCUGGAGAAAUACUUUACUCACUUCAUUACAUGGGCCAAGGACGAGGAGCCUCUGCCAGCACUGACCAAUAGACGUUCCAGCGUAUCCGAUAAGUGGCUCAACAGUCGAAUUUCAAUUGCGGAUGCCAAACUUUCAGACAGUGGAAAUUAUUCCUGUUCACUUGGUCGACUCUUCACUGUAAUUGUGCAGGUUCAAGUACUCACGGGUGAAUUACCUGCGGCGGUUCAACACAACUUGGCACGCAGAUCUGGCAGCUGUCUGUCCCUCUCAUGGAGUCUCUUCAUUAUUGUUAUUUGUUUUUACAUACUCAAGAGCCAUUCAUCACAGUUUCAUAGUAUUAAAGCGACAAUUGAAUGAAUGACAAGA